GACCGGACGCCCGAGGCCGCCGGAGAAGCAGUCGGGCUUGGUCGGAACCCUGGGCCCGCGACCCUCCGUCCCGGGACAUGGAGCCCCGCGCGCCCUGCGUCCAGCUGGGUCCUGUGCCCUUCCGGGUCUGAUAGAAUCCGGCAGCCAUGAGCCCCAACCCGCAGUGGGACGUCCCCAGGGCAGUCCGGGUGGCCAGGCUCUUCCACCUGGUGUGCGGGGUCCGGGAUGCCUGUGUGACCCCGUUCCUGACCCUCUACCUGAGGCAACUGGGUGUGGCCCCGCCCCUGGUGGGCGCCCUCAUGGGAACCAAGCACCUGAUCGCAGCCUGCUGGACUCCCUUCUGUGCCUUCCUGGUCAAACGCUACCAGAAAAGGAGAAUGUUUCUGACUGGCUCGUUGCUGGGGUCCGCAGGAGCCAGCCUCCUGAUGGUCCUCGUCCCACCGGUGGACAGAAAUCUGGCCAACCUCCUUUGUAAUGGAAGCGGUUGGGUGGCCACCACCGUCCUACCCCUGGCCGUCACAGACACUGUGACCACAGCCUCUGGCCAGGGCUUAAACCGCUGGGCAGGAGCACCCAGCCUCCCGGGCAGCAGGCACAGCCGAGCCCUGGACACUUCUGGCUUUCCAAACGCCUCUGGUAGAACAUUUAGCGGUCUGCAGGCCAAUUCCGUGGGCCCUGUUAAAGGAGCCAGCACCACUCCCCAGGCUCUUCAUCCCGUCUCUCCUGGGGUGAGAGAAAAUUCCCAGCAAGGGACUUUGGAGGUGGGCAGUGCUACCCUGGGUCUACUUCCUGGAAGCGCAGCCCCUGGAAACGCAGUCAGCCUGCCAAAGGUUCAGGGGGAUGCCCAGACCCGAGGUCGCUCCUUGAAAAGGGCGCAGUGGACCUUCGUCCUCUCCUUGGGGUUUGUGGUGCUCUGGGAGCUGCUGGCAGCCCCUCUGGAGCAGGCGGCGGACGACAGCCUUUACGAAUACCUGGAUUUUGUAGACGCCGCUGACAGGAGCAGAGACCUGUGGCUGUGGAGGUUGCUGGGUAUGUCGGCGGGCGUGGGUGGCAUCGCAGCCUUGGUGGGGCACCUGGAGUGCUUCCUGGUGACCAAAGGCCCUCGGGGCGCGAUUCACUUCUACAGCUACUCACUGGCCAGCACCCUGGCCCUAGCAGUGAGCACUGCCUUCCCUGUCCCCAUCGACCAGCAGCGGGGGCCCAGCUACAAAACCGUCAAAGCGCUGUCCCUGGUAAGGGGCGACCCCCGCCUCAUCCUCCUAGCCCUCACCGUCUUUUGGAUAGGAGCCACUGCCAGCACGGUGCAGAACUUCCUGUUCUGGCACAUGAAGGACCAUGGCAGCAGCGAGCUGGUGAUGGGUCUCUCGGCCGCUCUCGGCUUGCUGGGAGAAACUCUGUUUCAUCCGGUCAGGACUUCGUUGCUCAGGAGACUGACGCGGGUGGGCGUGCUGGGGCUGGGGCUGGGCUGCCUGGCCCUGCACCUGCUCUACUACUCUUUCAUCUGGAGCUGGUGGUCUGUCCUGCCCGUUCAGAUCCUGAGCGCCAUGAGCAGUGGGGCUCUGUGGUGGGCUGUGGGCUCCUCCAUAGAGGACCUGGCCUCCUCGGGCAUGGAGAGGCCCCUGGGCACCAUGUUUCGGGGUCACUUUUACGCCAGUGGCUGCAGCCUGGGCAGCUUUGUGGGGGGCUUUGUGGUAAUGCGCUUCGGGGUGGCUGUGCUCUACCAAGCCUGCUGCCUGCUCCUGUCACUCUGGCUGGCCUUGUUCCUGUCUGUCCAGCCCAGGCUGCCCCAGGAGCGGAGGGUCAGCUACUCAAAGCUGCUGGCUCUGGAAGGAAGUGACAGCAGCGACUCAGAGCAGGGCUCGGAGAGGGACUGGCUGGUGAAGGCCAUGAGGGAGGAGCAGGUGGGCUGGAAGAUCUGAGAGGUAGAAGCACGCUGAUGGGCCCCUGCCCGGGGCUGUGGGGAGCCUUAAGGGAGAAAAGCCAUGUCUCUGCCAAAGGCACAACAGUAUCUACUCGCUGCGUGGUUUUAUAUUGUAGUAA